GUCAGAAUGAAUAGAAUCAAGUAUCAGAAGCAGAAGGGAAGAAAGAGAUGAUGAGGAUAUAGACAUCAAUCAGAUCGAGUGAUAAAGAUUGAAAGCAAAGACAGGAAGCAGAGAAUUAAGAAAAGGCUACCAGGACUUUGUAUGUAAACAGUUUAACUUAGUUUGUGUUUGUGAUUCAUUCCGACUUAGACCGAAACCGUGUGUGAAGGAUAAUAAAUUAGGCCUAUGCCCAGGCCGAGGAUGUUAUGUUACUGCUCUUGGUUGUUUGAUUGAAAAGAGUAGGUUUAAUUGGUCCAAAAUGAUGUCGGCCUAGGUUUUUGUGUUGAUGCCAUGUUGUAGGCCUAACAUUAAAAGUACACCCAUUUUCCAAGGAUAUUGGCAGGUCUGCAGUUUGAAUAUGACUGAUUAUGAAAUAAGGGAAGUGUUUGAGCUGCCUCAAAAGCUAGAGCUCAUAAGUGAAGAAAAGAAACCUUCACUAUGUAGUUUUAGCAGUUACACCAACUCAAUCUGUAGCGAUUCUACAAUUGAUUUAGAUGAAAUAGACCAUACGCCCACCAUCCCAAAUUCGGAUGAAUUGGGAAUUAAAGUAAAUGAAACAAAACCACUCCAGAAUAAUUUUAUAAACGAUGAUCUGACUGAACAAUCUGUUCAUACAAAGACCAGUGAAAUGGAGAUGGUAGAACCAUCUAUUAAGCCUGUUAAACAACCACAUCUGACAUUUAGUAAAUCUGUGUCUUUACAUGAUGUUUCUAACCUUACAUCAUUAACUCAUAGCGCUAAAUCCAAUAAUGUGUCUUGUGAAACAAUCAAUAGCCAAUCCUUAUCAUCCACCACUAAAUCCAAAGAUUCAGGAUUUCAAAGAUCUCUUAGCUGUCUUAGUCUUACCAGCGGGAGAAGAAGCUAUGACCAUGUACAAAGUAAAGUUAAAGCGUAUAUAAGAAACAUAAAAGAAUCGGAAGCUUUAAAUAAAAGAAAUAAACUUUUGAAAAAGCUUGAACAGCAAAACGAGCCGGUUGUAUUACCAAAAGAGACAGAAACUGUGCAUCCAAUUGAGAAAGACGAUUUAUUGAGGGAAAUUCAGGAAUUGAAACAUGAAUUGCAUGAGAAAUCCCUGUAUAUUGACGCCCAGCACAGAAACUACAACAAACUUUUGUUGAAGUUUGCAGAGGCUAGAAACAUAAUUGAUAACUUAAGAGUGCAAUCAAUAAGUUUAAGUUACAGUGAUGGAAAUAGAUCAAGAAAUCAAAUUAUGUCAGUUAGUAACUUAACCUUGGACUCGUUUGAUUACAAAAUUGACACAAAUGUUGAUCAGCUUGCUUCUUGCAUACCUGAAGAAGACGUGUCAAAAUCCACAAACGACGCUAAAGACAAUUUCAAACCAACUCUUCAUUCUUCACCUUAUGAAAAGAGCUUAAGCCCAGUAAGACAACUUUUUUCAAGUUCUUGUCAUCUGGGAAAGAAUUACCAACCACUAGGAAAUUUAAAACCGUGCGUUCCUAGAUUUGAUUCUCAAGCUCGAACCAAGCACCAAGGAGCGUUGUCAAAAAGCUAUGAUGGUUUGAAUAGAAAUGGCAAUCCACUUCUGAAUAACCACUCAAACUUACCACAGCGACAGUCCAUAAACAUUGAUCUCCCCAAUGAUGAUCCUUUUGACAAGGUAAAGAAAUGGCAAGCAUCACUUCCCAGUAUCAAUCUGUUGGGAAGCCACAGUUCAUCAGACUGCGAGGAUCCAAGCCAUUCCCACUCUCCGGCACAAAGGAAUUUUAAGAAAAAUGAAGGUUGUUGCAAAUCUAAGUGUUUUACAAACACAAAAAGGGACGAAAAUGAAGUCUGUAAUGUACUGUCUCAGGAGCUCCAAAACAAGUGCAUUAUUACAGAAAUGGAAGUAGAUAUUGAGCGACAAGGAACUCAAUCGACAAACAUCCAAAAUUCUAAAGGAACUAACAAAAAAGAAAAGAAUUUUAACGCCUCUGUGAAGCCAACCAAAAAAGUUAAGGAAAAAAAGUUGGUACACGACCGUAAAGUGAAGUUAGUUCCCACAAAUGGUUGUGAGGGUAUUUUUAAUAGAAAGAACAAUCAGCAAACAGAUACAAACAAUACAAAGCAAAAUUCGAUUACAAGAAAAAAAUCUGCCAAAGAUUUGUUUCUGACCAAACCUCAAGCCAAGCUUAUAAAUACAGAUUUAUUGUGUUAUGAAGAAUCAUCAGUUUCAGACGGGGAUUCCACUCAUCUACCCAAGUCAUCUUCAAUGUCUCAAUGUAGGGUGAACAAACUGGAUGAUGAUUACAGUGACGACAGUUCAAGUAUUUCCUCAUCAGUCCUUGGGUCGGACUCAGCAGCUUCCCAAAAAUCUCACAAGAGAACAAAAAGAAGAUUGGAUUGUAGUGAGGUGAAAGUUUCAAGUAAAGUUCCUAAAACCACCAAAUCUAAGUCAUCACAAACAAUUUUUAUCAUGAGGGAACCAAAGUUAAACUUUACCUCACAUUUUGGAAACAAUGGAUCUCAAAUAAAUAAUCAGAUCUCAGUGACAAAAAGGACAAAUAAUGAGUCUUCUUUCAAGCAUAAGAAUCCUGAACAUCCAACAAACGGGAUUACGAAGACUGAAUCUAGUCAAAGAAAAGCGUGGAAUGCAAGAAAUGAUGCAAACUUUUAUGUCUGCAAGGAUUUCUCAUUUUCAAAAAGCACUUCCCUGAUGGAAUGUAUAAGAGACAUGGAGGGGUUGGUCUCUAAAGGUACGUUUGUUUUAAGUUCAGCCAUAGAUCGUAACAAUGUCACUUGUUAGUAUAUAUUUCUUAAGUUUUUGUAUAUUUCUUUCUUUUUUUUAUUGUAAUAAUGUGCCAUAUUUUUAAUGUUUCUCAUGUUUGUUUUAAAAAUUUAGUGGUAGUUUGUUGUGUAACAAUAUUUUACUAUGCUCUCUUGUUAUAUUCUUUUUGUAUUUUAAGCUAUAUAUUGUGCUAUUUUUUAUAUUUAAGUACCAUACUUGUUAUGUGUUUUGUAAACUCAUGUUUUGUAUUUUACAUUUUAGUCUAUUGUAAUUUGCACACAUUUUAUCAUAAUUAGACGAAGGAUUAUGUUGAAUAUGUCUUUUGGAUUUGAAUUAGUCACUCUUCUUAAUAACACUAACACAAAUGUAUACAUCGUAUUGAAUCUACUGAAUGUGAUAUUUUACAUUUUUGUGUAGGACAUUUUAAGAUGUAAGAAAUAUGUCAAUUUUUAAACCAAAGACUUGUAAUAAGUUAGGUUGUUCAGUUUUCCACAUGGCUUCAAGUCCUCAAAGUUCCUUGUCAAUUAUAAUAUUUUAGUAGUUUGUCUAUGGUUAAACAAUUUUAACUGCUAACACAAUGAUAAGUUUUUGACAUGAUUUAAGUGAGGUUUUGUACUGGUAGUGUUUAAGUAGGAAAAAAUUGUCAAAACUUUUUUAGGGUUUUAGAUGCUUUUUUUUUUAUUAUCUCAAAACAAAAUAAAAAAAGUUGCAGGUGUGUCCUGAUUAAUCGGGUGUUGCAUUUAAUUUUAAAUAUUCCUUUUUUAAGUCUAAAUAUGUCUAGUUUUUAUUUGCCGAAUAUUCCUUGAGUUUUAUUCUUAGUUGGGUUAUUUUUACCAUUUGAAAAGUUAAAACUAAAACCACCUAACAGUUUUGUAAAAAGGUGGAUGAUAAUUCUUAGAGAAUUAGUACAAAAAAUUGGUUAAUGUUAAAAAACUGUCUAUUUGUAAAAUGAUCUUUAUUUCUGUGUAUCUUGACUCGCUACUAAAGUCAAUUUAGUUUUGUCAAAUGUUACGUAACUUUCUUGUACUGGUAAUUUUUCUGUAAGUUGGUGGGAAUGUAGUUUAUACAGUUGCAACAAGGUCGUAUACAUUUUUGAUACUAUACAUUUUAUCAAAGAUUCUGUUUCCAAUUUAGAGCCUGAGAAAAAGCACAUACAACUAACUAGUCUUCUUACCUCUACAUGUUUUAUGCCAGAAAUGUAAACAAAAGUAAUGUAGUGAAACAAAUGUACCACAGAGCAGUAAUAAGUUCAGUAGAUCAUCUAAUCAUUCAAAAAUUGAGUUUGAAUCAAUAGGGAGAUUCAUCUUUUCAAAGUAUUUCAAGCACUAACUCAUAAAACGUAAACUAUUUUAAUUUGUUGAAGAACAAAAUUCUUAAUGCAAUCUGUUAUUAGAAUUGCUGAGGCUACCAAGAAAAUGUGUACAAUUUUCUGUUAAUAAAUGAAAGUUUAAAAAA